AUGUAUGUAAAUCAGCAAUCAGUUCCUCCAGCCACGCACUACAGUGUAGAUGUGGAAUGUGUAGCCACCGGAAGAGAUCACAACGCACGAGCUGUUGCCCAGAUCAGUCUUGUGGAUCAAUAUGAGCAGGUCAUAUUGAAUCUUUACGUCAGGCCGCAGCAGCCAGUCGUUUCAUACCUGACCCCUCUCACAGGGCUGACCAGAGAACUUCUAGAAGAGCAGGGAGUGCCUCUGGAAGAGGCUGUGAGGAUUCUGCGUCAGUACCUCCCUCGUCAGAGCAUUCUUGUUGGGCAGAACAUUGGCAAGGAUGUCGACUGGCUUCAACUCAAGGAAGGCCAGGACUACCAGUCUCUGGUGGACCUGACAGGAGUGUACCGGGUCUGGAACAGCAAGUACAAGACCUGGAGCGUGUAUGGGCAGGACCAUUUGGCCAAGGUGCUACUAGGAUGGGACACGCAGAAUGCAUCCCACGAUGCAGUGGGCGAUGCAGUCAAGUCCAUCCGGCUGUUCAACCUGUACAACACUCUCAAGGCAGACCCAGACCCCAAGGCCUGGGAGAAGGCCCAGGAGACGAUCUUGGCUGCGGAGGUGCAGCCGUCUUUUGCAAAGAGGAACCCCGAGUUUGAUGGAGUGUGCAUGGGCAACAGAAGACAGUGCAAGUGUGGGGCGCCCUUCCUGGGGUGACCAGACCAGAUUUUCCUCCUCUUCAGCAUUUCUACAGAAACUGUGACACUAAAUUGUUCUUCAAAGAUUAAUGGCACAGGGAUGGCUGUGGCUCUUGUCUCACACCGAUUAAUAAUUACUUCUUGUGGUGUUAAGUAAGAUCCAUUGAAUACUGGAGAGACUCAUGCAAUUGGGUGAAAUAUUGCAGUACAAUGUCUACUUUUACUCUGCUUCGAGGUCUGCAAGUUUGGUGCUUCAAUGGACGAUACAAUGGUUUUAGCAGCUGCAUUUUGUUUAUCUGUGUGCAUUCGUCUGCCAUGAUCCAGUUUCUUAAGUUCCUUUUCGAAUGCGCUGGCAUACUGCAGCAGCAAGCUAGGGCUUCAGUGGCAAGAGCAUGUGACAAUCCCAACAUGCAAGUUCCCGAUAUAGCGAUUCUGAGAAGAGCAAACCAGAUAGUCAGGUCCAGCUAGUAAUGCAGCUAUGGCUACACAAAGCAAUGAGUAUGGUAGAGGACUUGCACAUGACUUGAAGACAAUUGGAGGUUGUGACGCAUUGGUAUUUGGGUUCCAUCAAUAAUUCCUGCCUGCGAGCAGGAGACAAGGCAGAUCUGUAUGGAAGGUCAGCAGUCGUGAAAUACUGGACUGCAUUUAAAAAAUUGCAGUGAGC